UCUUCUUUUUAUAAUAAAAAAAUUGUUUCUAUGUUAUGGCUACAUCAGCCAAAUUUCCAAAAAUUAUAUGUAGAGUAAGAGCGCUUUACGCUUUCUCAUCAACCGAGAAAUCAUCUUUAUCUUUCGAAAAAGAUGAAUAUAUCGAAGUCCUAUCACAACUUGAUUCAGGUUGGUGGGAUGGUUGGUGUAAAGGAAACCGAGGCUGGUUUCCCAGCAAUUAUGUUCAGAUUAUAGACAUCAAUCCUUCACUAUCAAAAGAAAUAAACAUCAAUAAAAGAAGUGGCCGAACUAGCCCGAUCGCUCCAACACCUUAUCCACCUAACCAACAUGACGACGAUAGUGAAGAAGAGGCUAGAACAAUAAACUUGAUAAGAAAUAUGAAUAAUGGGAUAUCUCCUUCCUUACCACGACCGCAUUCCCUUACACUACCAUUAGCUAAGCAACCAACAAAUCUACCAAGAAGACAACAACAACAGCAGCAGCAACAGCCUAUCCAACAGUACCAUCAUGAUGAUGACGACGAGGAUGACAAUGAUGGAAAUUUACCUGAAGGCUGGACACUUCAAGUAGCUGAUGAUGGCUUAACGAAAUUUUAUUUCAAUCAACAAACAGGUGGUUUACGUUGGAACCAUCCUGGCAUUUCAGACUCAGAAGAUGAUUGUGAUGAUAGCAGCGCGGAUGAAGAGUAUGAACAAAUUGAUCAUUUCGACGACUAUGAUUUCGGAAAAUCCACCUCAACUUGUAUCACUGAUUACAGCCAGCUUCCAGUACCACCCCCAGUCAAAGAACGUACUGUCGAUCUGAUGGCACAUUGGAUAAAAAAGACUACACCUCAAGGAAAAGUUUACUAUGGAAACUCAAUUACCCAUGAAACCACUUGGGACUACAACGAAAUCGAUCUCUCCACUGGGCAUUUGAAAAAAUCAAUUUCGAGUGCUGACACAAGCAAGUCUAUCACACAUCUUACCGACACAUUAGACUCCGAAUCGUGCGCCUCUUCUACGUCGUCAUUGCCUGCUGCUGGGCAAGAAGACACAAUGACUUGGAAGAGUAUCGCAAUUGAAAUUGCACAGUCGGUCCAAAACCUUAAUAAGGUAGUCGUACGAGGUGAAAGCGUAUUGGUUUUUAGACAAAAAAUAGCUGCUGUUGUUGAUUCUGUUCGACUCAUGUUAUAUUCAUCAAGAAGCUUAGAUAAAGAUGCAGUGCAUUUACAAGAUAUAGAAAUCAAAGACCCUCAUCGCAAUGUACUAUCCACUUUGGCUAAAUUGAUUUUAUCCGCCAAAGUAGUUAAUGAUUCUACCUUGGAUAUAAAUGGAAAAGUACAACGUGAUGCAGCCGACGUUUUAAAUAGUGUUCGGAAAUUCGUGUUAAUUUGUCAAACUAAAAAUGUCAAAAUCGAACCAGUCAACCCACGCUUACUGUUAAAUACAACUAACGCCGUGACAGCUCUUAUUACACCAGUAAAUAUAAGUGGCGGAGAAGAUCUGGAUGAGACUACAUCGGUCGUUGCCAAAAGGAAAAGCAGCACAGCAACUAGCAAUAGCGCUAGACCCAAAUAUCCAUUAAAUCAAGAUUUAAUCGUCAGUUUACAAACGCAUGCAAAACAAAUUGUUGGAUCAACAGAUGCACUAUGCAAAGCAUCUGCAUAUAUAUAUACUUUAGAAGAAAAACAACAUCAGAAUGAAGCAAGCGAAGAACAAUCUUAUCUUUUAGACCAAAGAGCAAGAGCAAAUGUAGUUCUCUUAUUUCAAAACUUAUCGACUCAAAUAGGAAAUUAUUUAGCUAUUUUGGGUGACAUUGAUACCAACCACAUAGACUCAAGUCAAAUUCAAUCGCUACCUGAAUUUCGAAGUAACAAGCAACGGCUUUAUAAUUCUGUAGGCUUACUCUUCAGUGCCGUUCAAACAUUGACCGACACCCAUAAUGAUUUAACAACAAGUAUAUCAUCCAUUGAGAAAAUUGUGAAUAUGGUAGAAGACGCUAUUGAAGAUAUAUUUUCAAAUAUUGUGCAAAUGGUUGGUGAAAGAAAAAUCUGGCUUAUGCGCAAUGAUGCGUCGAUGCUUACGGCUGCCGAUAACAGCCCUAGAUCUCCGGUACAUAGUUACUUUGAAGGUGAUAAGAAGAGACCCCAUAGAGGAAGCAUCAAUGAUUCAGACAAUAGCUCAACCGAUGGAAAUAAUGCUGCUCCUAUUUUAACUCGCAUAUACAAUCGACAAGGCAGUCAGGGCUCGAAUACACAACCACCACAAAGACCUAUCGGUACCACAACUCCUUCUAAUUUAACAAGACCUACCGCUGAAAGCCAGGCUCUUAAGCGUCAGUUUAGCUUUGGUCAUGGCGUAGGCUCUCAAGAUGAGAAGUCUCAAUUUUGGUAUCUCGGCUACGAUUAUGCUGAGGGUGAUAUCGUCUUUACUGUGGAGAAAAGUAUCAAGGGUGGUACCUUAAGAGCUCUUGUUGAACGUUUGACACUUCAUGACUUUAUUGAUAUGAGUUUUAUUGCAAAUUUUUUGCUGACCUAUAGAUCAUUCUGCACAACCGAAGAAUUUGUAGAAUUAUUACAAGAACGGUAUAAUUUGGCACCACCUGAAGAACUCACCCCCGAUGAAUUAGAAAUAUGGACUGAUAAAAAACAAAAACUUGUUAGACUUCGUGUUUUUAACGUCAUGAAAAAUUGGUUGGAAAACUACUAUAAUGAUGAAGACGAAUUUAUUUUAAAUAAGCUUCAAUUCUUUGCCAAUACCGUGAUAUGUGAUUCAUCUUCAUUUUCUGCAGAGCAAUUAAAUCGGUUGAUUCGCAAGCGUAGAGAAUUAGAUGCAAAUGGUGGUGGUUUAAAGAGAUUAAUUCCCAACGCCAUGUCUGGCCCUGUGCCUAUCGUACCAAAGAACAUGCAACAUAUUAGAUUAUUAGAUACUGAUCCCUUGGAACUUGCGCGACAAUUAAGUAUUAUGGAUUUCAAACUCUACAGCAGUAUCCGGCCUAUCGAAUGUUUAGGAAAGGCUUGGUCUAAGGACUCUAGUGAGAAUGCUGUCAAUGUCAAACAAUCCAUCGAUUAUUGUAACCAACUUACUUCCUGGGUGACUGGAAGUAUUUUGAAUAACAAGGAAGCCAAGAAACGUGUGGUGGUUGUCAAACAUUGGUCACAAGUUGCUAAUCGCUGUCUUGAAAUGAACAAUUACAAUACAUGUAUGGCUAUUCUUUCUGCGUUUGAUAAUAGUGCUAUUGGUAGAUUGAAGAAAACGUGGGAAUUAGUUAGCAGUCGUACAAGUCAAUCACUUGCUCAUAUCCGAAAAUUGAUGGGAUCCAACCGUAAUUUUACAGAAUAUCGUGAAAUGAUUCAUUCAGUGAAUCCACCCUGUAUCCCUUUUUUGGGUAUCUACUUGCAAGAUUUAACAUUCAUCGAAGAUGGUAAUCCAGAUUUUAUAAAGAAAUCAAGCAACUUGAUCAAUUUUGCAAAACAACAAAAAUCAGCUGAAGUGAUUCGCGAGAUUAAGCAAUUUCAAUCACCACCUUACAUUUUCCAUGUUGUACCUGAAAUUCAAGACUUUAUCAAAUUCCAAUUGGAGACAAGUAGAGAUGUAGAUUUCCUCUAUGAAAGAAGUUUAGAAUUAGAACCUAGAGUUCCAACCGAUAACUCUGCAUAACAGAACAGCGUAUUGCGCUAUCAAUAGCAAACUCGGUUUUUACCCCCAUACAAAAAAGGCGAUCAAUAAUUAAAGUUCCAUAUAAUAAAUUUUCGUCUCUUUCUUCCUCCCAUAUCUGCUUUAUCCUACUGUAAUCAAAAAAAUAAAAGAAAAAGUAAAC